AUAACUGCCAUUAUCAUUUCGGUUAGGUGGCAGUAUGAUACCAGGAGUCUGAACAAUGGUGUCUAAGAGCUCAUACUUCGUUCUCUUCGGGUUAGUAAUAUUCACGAAUGGGAAUCCUGCUUACAGACAAGAUGAAUCUGCCCAAGCUGCAGAAGACCUUAGACAUCUGUUGGACGGUUUCUACAAGCAAGAUCCUUAUGAAGUCAUCGCUGGAAAUAACUUAAAUGACUACAGCAAGUCAAGUCUUGACAACUUAGAAGGUUUAAAUGAAUUACUAAACAGGAAUUCUCUCGCAAGUUCUGGGGCAAACAACGAUGGAUCGUACAAUGAAAUUCAAGAAUUCCUAAAUUAUCUUGAUAACGAAUUGCGAUCAGAACUUAAUAAUGAAGACAGAGAGGACUCUUCCAACAAUAACAGAGAAGACAGCAACAGGUAUAAUAAUGACGAGAGCAAUAGAAAUAAUAAUGACGAUAACAACCGCAAUAAUAAUUACGAUAGCAACAGAAAUAAUAAGUAUGAUAGCAAUAGGAAUAAUAAUUAUGAUAGCGACAGGAGCAAUAAUUACAACAGCAACAGAAACAAUAAUUAUAACAGCAAUAGGAAUACUAAUUACGAUAGCAACCGCAAUAAUAAUUACGAUAGCAACAGAAAUAAUAAAUAUGACAACAAUAGGAAUAAUAAUUAUGAUAGCGACAGGAGCAAUAAUUACAAUAGCUACAGAAAUAAUAAUUAUGACAGCAACAGAAACAAUAAUUACGAUACCAACAGGAAUAAUAAUUAUGAUAGGGACAGGAGUAACAAUUACAACAGCAACAGAAAUUCUAACUACAAUAACAACAGAAAUAAUAAUUACGAUAGCGACAGAAAUAAUAAUUACGAUAGCAACAGAGAAGAUAAUAACAAUAAUAACAGUGUAGAAGACAGCGACAGCAUUAGUAACUAUUUCAGCAAUCUGUUGCGAGCUUAUAGCGACGAUCGGGAUGACAGGGAUGAUUUGCGUUGUGUUGGAGAAAAGUGCAGUCGAAGAGAUAAUAACGUAAUCAACAUAAAUAAAAAUAUUUUGCGUGGCGGCGAUGAUUCAAAUAACAUUGCAUUGGACGAUGAUAGAAAUGAUGACGAUGAUGAUGACAGGUAUAAUAGAAACCGUGUUGAAAACCUGCACUGCGUUGGAGAAAUGUGCAGUUUAAACUUGAACAACGGUAACGCUAAUUUACGUUGUGAUGGAAACUACUGCGGAAGGGAUCGCGAUGAUAACAAUUACGAUAGAGGUCGGGAUAAUUUGCGCUGUGAUGGAGUUAGAUGCAGUCAAAACAGAAUCUUCGUGGAUAAAACAGACAGAGAUGAUGAUGACAAUAAUAAUAAUAGAUAUGGCAAUAACGACUUACCCGAAUUGCGUUGUAAUGGCAACAGGUGUGAAAGAACUCGGAAUGAUGACAAUCUCAAUGAUAGCCCGAAUAACGAUGAAAUUGAAGAGAUCAAUCUCAAGGAAGAUGUAGAUAAUCUUCUGAAAAAAGUUAUAAAAAACAAUUUGAGACAAAGCAAGUUACUUGAUCAUAAAGAGUUACAAAACCUUGUUAAAAGCAGGAAUGAAAUUAUGCAAAGAGUUAGAAGUUUGCUGGCUUAUUUGAAAAAUGACAAUUAGAUUAAGAUGUUUCUCAGUAUAUAAUAUUUGCUUUUGUUCAUCGCAACGUUCUGAGUUUUAGGAUCGUCAUAUUAUCUUCUUUUUAAUGUUUUAUUGUGAAUUGUAAUGUAGGUCAACAUUAUUCAAUAAAAGUUUGAGUACC